AUGGCGAACCUAUCAAAGAUAACUGCAUUCGCGCAAGGACGCUCGCCCGUCGUGGCCCUGGUGCUCGGGUCUGUCCUUGUCUAUAUCGUGGUCAAUCUCCUGCAGUGGGCGAUUAUUGCUCGCCGCCGCUCACUAUUUGCUCGCAAGCACGGGUGCAAACCAGCGCCCAGAUAUCCUCACCGUGACCCAAUCGGUUUGGAUGUUUCCCUUGAGAACUUGAAGAUGUCAAAACAAGGGGGUUUCCUGGAGUUCGCAACAAAACGAUUUCAGAUUGUCGGAGCCAAUACGUUUAAAAUAAUGCUCCUUGGCGAACACUUCUUUGUGACGAGGGAACCCGAGAAUAUGAAGGCCAUCUUAGCCACCCAAUUCAAAGACUUUUCAUUCAGUCCAUCCCGAAAGGAGGCUCUUGGGGAUAUCUUCGGACACGGGAUCUUCACUACUGAUGGAAAGGAAUGGGAGGCGUCCAGAGCAUUACUUCGGCCGAGUUUCACAAGGAGUCAGGUUGGGGACAUUGAAACUUUCGACAAACAUGUCACCAAGUUGCUUGCCAAGAUUCCCCUUGAUGGGUCAACCGUGGAUCUACAAGUCCUAUUCUUCGGGCUCACUUUGGACUCGGCGACGGACUUCCUGUUUGGAGAAAGCACGGAUGUUCUCCGAGAAGGUGGCUCCGAAUCUGGCGAGAGAUUUGCAAAGGCGUUCACAUAUGUCACGGAACAGGCUGGGAUACGAGGACGUGCUGGGAAACUCUCAUACUUUAUCCGGGACAAAAGAUACCCCGAGGAAAAGAAGUUUGUGUAUGAGUACGUUGGGAACUAUGUCCAAAAAGCGGUGCAACUUCACAAGAGUAGCCUAAACCAGGAGAAAAAGACUGAGGACGCCAAAUCCUCGAGAUAUGUUUUCUUGGAGCAUCUAGCGACAACCGGAUAUUCGGAGAAGAAGAUCCAGGAUGAGCUCCUGAACAUCUUACUAGCAGGUCGUGACACCACUGCUAGUCUUCUCAGCUUCCUAUUCUACAUCCUAGCUCGUCGACCGGACGUCUUCGAAAAGCUUAGAGCGGAGGUGACGAAUUUGGGCGACAAGCCUCCAACUUUCGAAGAGAUCAAAUCAAUGAAGUAUCUCCAGUAUUGUUUGAAUGAAGCUCUUCGGCUACAUCCAAUUGUGCCUCAGAAUGCACGUAUGGCCGUUCGCGAUACAACUAUUCCACUUGGCGGUGGCCCAGAUGGGAAAUCUCCGAUCUUUGUAAAAGCCGGCCAGACUGUUGCCUAUUCAGUGUAUGCGAUGCAGAGGCGAAAGGACCUGUACGGCGAAGAUGCGGAAGAAUAUAAGCCUGAGAGAUGGGAGCAUAUCAGACCUGGCUGGCAAUUCCUCCCCUUUAAUGGCGGGCCCCGGAUCUGUAUCGGCCAACAAUUCGCCUUAACCGAGGCAUCGUAUACUACUAUCAGAUUACUACAAACCUUCAAGUCAAUCCAGAGAAGAGAUGACUCCAUAUUGACAGAGUACCUUACCCUUACGGCUGCUGUCAGGGAUGGCGUGAAUGUUGCGUUGACACCUGCCUGA